AAAUUGAGCCUCUUCACUUUGGAGAUUUUUCGAUUUUCGAUUAUACAGCUAUUGAAAUUAGGAUGUGCCGCUUUUUUUUCUCUCUCUCUUAGCUUGGUGGCUUGGUUGCCUUUUUUUGAUUGACAGAUGAAAUUGACACUCGGGUUGCCUCUUAUCAAGCGAAGCAUUUCAAUCCAGCGCUAAUUGCAGAUAUAGUGCCAUCCUUUCUUUUCACUGCGUUUGAUUGCAUGGGAAUACAGCCUCCUAUCGCGCACAAGAGGAAUGAUCGAUCAUAUAUCGUUUUUUUUCUUCUUCUUCUUCUAAUUGCAUCAAAAUUUCUUUUGUUGCCAGGGUUUAAAUGCGGGAGAAACUGUAAUUCCUUGUUUUGGACCGGAUAUAGUGUGGGUUGGGGCAGAGAUGCGUAAUGCGCAGAGCAAGCUCCAUCGCUUAUCCAAAUAGGCAGCCUUCAAGAUCCGAAAAUGUCUAAAUCGGAGGUGAAGAAGGAGUCCGGGGAGUCCAGCCCGUCGGAGGCCGCGUGUCUCUGCCCUCCUCCGGCGGCCAAGAACCAGUGCGCGAGCUGCGGCAUGGAGAUCCACGACCGCUACCUGCUGAAGGUCAACAACCUGAACUGGCACCUGGGCUGUUUGGAGUGCUCGGUGUGCAGAGCGUCUCUGCGCCAGCACAGCAGCUGCUACGUUAAAAACAAAGAAAUCUACUGUAAACUCGAUUAUUUCAGUAGGUUCGGCACUAAGUGUGCCCAGUGUGGCCGACAGGUGUACGCCAGUGACUGGGUGCGGCGGGCUCGUGGCAGCGUGUACCACCUGGCCUGUUUUGCCUGUUUCUCCUGCAAGAGGCAGCUGUCGACCGGGGAGGAGUUCGGCCUGGUGGAGGGCCGGGUGCUCUGCCGCAGCCACUACGACAUCAUGCUGGACAACCUGCGCAGAGCUGCAGAGAACGGCACAGGACUGACUCUGGAAGGAGCGCUGCCUUCUGAUCAGGACUGCCAACCAAAACCAGCCAAAAGGGCGCGGACAUCCUUCACUGCUGAGCAGCUCCAGGUGAUGCAGACUCAGUUUGCUCAGGACAACAACCCUGACGCUCAGACGCUGCAGAAACUGGCUGAAAUGACAGGACUGAGCAGACGAGUCAUACAGGUUUGGUUUCAGAACUGCCGGGCGCGACACAAAAAGCAGCCGCCUCAGAGCAGCUUCUCUCAGAGCGCUCCGCUGUCCAGGAUGCCCCCGUCGCUGCCGGAAGAUAUCCACUAUUCAUCGUUUAGCAGCCCAGACCGGCCACACCUGCUGGCCCUGCACGGAUACCUAGACACUCAUCCCUUCUCUGUCCUCGCUGCCCCGGGCCACCUGACCCACCCGUCCAUCUCUUUACCGCAGCUUCCCAUCAGCCGCUGACCUCCUGCAUCUACUUUUCUAUCGUCACCACUCUGAUAAUGUUUUUGGAGGGAGAAAAAAAAAAUCCUUUGGGACGCCCUGUCAACAAUCUGCUCCAUUUGGAAGUUAAGUCCUCCGGUGGACCUCGUUUUCUAAUCAGUCGGGUUCUUCGUUGUGAGACUGCUGAGCUAAACUGUGGUGGUGCCUCUAGGCUAACACGGGAGUUACUUUUUAAUUUUGCCUUUAUAUUUUUUAUAAAGCUGAAGACCACUUUUAUUUUAUUUUCCUUCUUUUUUUUUUCAUGGGACACAAAACAUUACAUCAGGUCGAGAUCGGUUUUCGCUUUCAUACAAAGCAUUUUCAUUUGUCCAGGGUGAGCUUACAGAAAAGAAGAAAAGAGGAGUUGUAGCAGUAUUACAGUAAAACCUCAGCUUUUUUUUUUACAUUUUGUACUGGUGAUGAGCACAUUUGCAGCAUUACUGUUGUUUGUUGUCGUAUUGUUGUCAAAAAAUGGAAACUCUUAUUUAUUCAGAGCAAAACUUCACUUUUAAAAAUGCACUUUUGAAUGUGUCUUGAAAUGGAAAAAAUUCAGUGACUGUACAUUGUAAAUAC